UACUCAACGCGGUUUGGGGUUCAAUGCGUGAUUCACGAGUUCACGUUUACGUUUAUAGUAUUUGUUGGCGCGUUACGAGAGACUUGCGCAGAGAGUGCGGCAGGUAUUGUUCAUAGAGUGACGCCGCCAUGGACGGAGGUAGAAAUGGGACACAGGGUUUCAUUAAAAAAUAUUGAUUUAUAAAAAAAAAUUCAAAAUGUACCCUACGUUAGACCUGUUUGAUUAUUUUUUUUUAUAAAUUGAUGAAAUACGAAACGCUAUCAUUUCUAAGCAUUUUUGCAUUAUUGAGAUAGAAAUUCUUUUAAAUCGUCGUAUAUUUUACUAUAAAAAAUUAAAAGAUUGUCGGUCUAUAAACCGAUAGGUCUUAGUUAGCUGUUUCAGUCAUUGCGAGAAAUUUAGCAGGUUUUUGAAUCAAAAAACUUAUUUAAAAUUCAUUGAUGUAUUUUGCCGAAACAAAUUAAAAAAUUGGCUCUUGGGUCUGAAAUGAAUGUAUUUCAGACAUUUUUUUCGAGCGAUUUAACAGGUUUUUGAACCAAAUUUCUAUAAUAUACAUUUUGCCAAAAAAAUCUAACAAUUUUUUUUUAGGUCUGAAUUACGCUAUUUCAUCUAUUUCCGAGCAACUUUGAACAUUUUCGAGACACUAAAAUGAACGUAUUUUUCCGAAACGAAUUUUGCCAUAUUAUAGUCUACUUUCUGAAAAAAAGUAAAAUUAAGCAAUGGAGUAUGUCUGGUACUGGGGAGUCUCUAAAUUCAGCAAUGAACCUAAUUUCAUCUUCUUUUCUAUCUUAUCAGAUAUUACAUACUCUCUCGCAUUUGAUAAAAUCAAUAUAAAGUAUGUUGUAACACUAUUAUGAUUUAUUUUCAGUUAAAAUCGACGAACAAUGUUUGUUGAAAGCUUUCUUAAUUCUAUUAAAAAACUUUGUUGUUGUUCCUGUGGUCAACAAUUAGAUGAAGAUUUGGAAGACAAUUUCGUGAUAACAGAGAAUGUCAACGAAAGUGUUCUAGAACAAAGUCUUCCUGACCAAAACGUAAUAAACUUUAUACCAGUUACUACACAACAGCUAGUUGGACCUAGAAAACAGCGAGGGCCUCAAGAGCUAGAAGCAGAAACAAAUAGGCAAGAACCAAAACCUCUACCAAAACCUCUAGUUGUUACUGAACAGCCAUCUGUUCGUCGAUUUAAUUAUUUCGUUGAUAAAAAUGUGGACGGAGAUAAUUGUAAAGUGAAACCAGUAGUUUUACCAACAAAACAAUCAGUGGUUCAACAACAAAAAACAGAACACCGUCUGCAGCAAGAUCAAAAUAGUCUUGAGAAUUUGAAAUCCUGGGCAAAAACACUACAAACAUGGGUUCCUGCAACAGAAACAGAAACCGUAGCAGCCAAGCAAGGUAGAGUUCUUCAAGAAAUUCCACAAGUUCAUCAGACAAUAACUGUCCAUGAGGAAGUUCCGGAAAAACCGGCAGAAUUUUAUCGCAGAAAGGCUCUGAAACACUUGAAUAAAAAGCGGCAAUUAUAUCAAAUUGCGCAUCAGUGUAAAAGAAACGGGCAGCUUACUCUUGCUGACCAAUACUUUAAAAGAGCCAAACAGCAAGCAAAACUUGCUGACAAGGCCAAUAAUCAUGCUGCUGCUAUGGUAUUGAAAAAAAACUACGAAAAUCAUCCUUCAAGAGGUACCAUCGAUCUUCAUCACCUUUAUGUGAAAGAAGCUCUCGAAGCGUUAGACAGAUUUCUGGAUGACGAAAUAUUGUUUUUGAGGAACGACUCUUUAAAGAGAAGCUCACUAAGAGUAAUAACAGGACGUGGAAAGCAUAGUACUAAUGGAAUUCCUAAAAUCAAGCCUGCAGUCAUUGCACGACUUGAGGAAAGAAAUUUGAAGUAUAAUGAGAUCAAUGCUGGAUAUUUAAGAGUUGUGAUUUCCAAAAAUUCUGAUUUAGGCAACAAUGCACCUAGAGCUCCACCGUUAAGAUUAUAAUUUUUUUAUAAUAAAUUGUCAAUGUUUUUGUUGCUUACACUAAAAGUGCAUUGUUAGAAACAAUACAAUAUAUAAAAAAACUUAUCGAUUUUAUCAUAAUUAUCUUAUCGUAUUGUAUGUGUUGGAAAAAAUAAGACCUUUGUUCGACUUUUUUGUUCAUUGUUUAUUUAGUGCCUUUUGGAGUGUGAUUGAAAAGUCUUCUUUUCUUUACUUGAAAAGUGUAGAAAUGUGUGACGCCUCAGAAAAAGGACUGGCGAUGUUUGGUGAAGUAAAGAGUGAUUACAGACAAAAGAGUUACAUUCGCCGCUUUUUCGAUUACAUAAUAAAUAGUUUUAAACAAAUUUUUGGAAAAGGAAAUCAGCAAUUAGCAACCAUACGCAAUGAAGGAUUUUUUAAAAUAAAAAUAGGAGAAGAAAUGAUCACUCAACUCUCUGAGAUGUUUUUGGAUUCCAAUUUCAUUAUCCCUUCUGGAUUUGUAACAGUUGUGGAAAUUCCUG